AACUUGAACCCAAACUUUUAACAAUGGCUGGGGAGGUCAUUUCUCUUUCAGCAUUUGUUUAUUUGAAGAAAAUUUCGAAGAAAGAAUCUGUGGCCCCAUUGAAGAAUUAUCACAUUCACAUAUACAUAUUACAUACCCUAAUAUAAGCUAUCCCCUUUAACUACCAAUUUUAAUUUUUUUUCCCAAGAGACAAAAAGCUGGAAUUUGUGAAUAAUAUUUGCAGAAUGUUUCCUUUACAACAAAGCGAUGACCCGGUGUACCAGACUUUCUCCAGUUCUAACCAACACAAAAUCCCUCAAGAUCUGAUUACGGGUCAUGCUUCACUGGAAGGCAUGGGGAAAAGCCGGAGGGGGAAAGUCUGUCAAAUGGAGGGUAGUACCGAAGGGUUUCCUUGUGAUAAAUAUAAGAAACAGAAGUUGCAUAGGGAGCUUGAACGCCAAAGGAGACAAGAUAUGGCCUCCCUUUAUGCUUCACUUCGAUCUCUUCUCCCUGAUGAAUAUAUCAAGGGAAAGCGCUCGAUGUCGGAUCACAUGAACGAGGCAGUGAAUUAUAUACAACACUUAGAAAAGAAGGUCAAAGACCUUGAUGUUAAAAAACAUGAAACGAAGAGAGUGUCCAAUUUGGCUUCUCUUGUCUCGGGAACUGAAAGUUCAAACCACUGCUUCAUAAUCCGACCAUGCUUGAUAGGUAUCGAGAUUAUGUUUCGUUGUGGCUUCAAGGAGCAAGACUUGCCCCUAUCAAGAGUAUUAGCUGUUCUCGUUGAUGAAGGACUUCCAGUUGUUAGUUGUGUUUCCACCAAAUCAGAAGAAUAUUUACUUCAUACUAUCCAAACCGAGGUGAUUUUUUUUUUAGCAAUUUCUUUCUAUUUUAAAGUUGUUACAAAAGCAAUCGGUUUCCUUAUUUCAUUUCACUUCAUAGGUCAAUGAUCCAACAAGCGUCAAUCUAUCCGGGCUGCAGCAGAAACUAUCCAAGCUAGUGAAGUAAUAAAUUAAGUAACUUAAUUUGUAUUUGUGCUUGAUAGGGAUUGAUCUCUUCACCACUGGCAUUGACUUAAUCUGACUUCCAAUUUGAGAAAUGGACUUCUUUUUGUCCGUCUGAUCUGUAUAUAUAAGUUGUGAUAUCCACUUAUUGCAGCCUCGGAAUGUCAAGGAACUUUGCUGGAAAGAGGAAAUGUUAGACAUCCUCCAUAACAGUUUUUUUUUUUUCUGGAAAAUGUGUCAGUGCAAUCCUUAUCCUUGCGAUCAACUUUCCCCUAAUUAAGACUUCUUUCCAGCAUUGCAUUGCUUCCUCUUGCAGUCCAAAUGAAAUUGCCAGAGUUGGUAUUGAGACAUUGCAACUUGGAUGGUAAAGUUAAGGUAUCCGUAUCAGUAGUUCGAUGGUAAGUUCACUCAUAGGUCACUGUAUUAUUGUGUCUAAAAAUAUGAACAAAAUUUUCACUUUCCAAAACUCUCAGUUGGGGAGCAAUGACAAUCUUCUAAAAAUUUCAGCUAGGGAGGAACUUCACCUGAAGAGUGUGUAGUCAGUGGCAAUAAACCGUUCUCUUUUAAUUUCUUGUCUUGCUUAAGUAGUAUGAAUUCAUAAUUGAUGAAUUGGAUCGUCUAGCUAGAUAUUUGCCUCAUUUGCAUAUCAUCAAAUGCUCAAGGAAUUUCCCCUCUUGUUAAUAAGAGAAGGGAUAUUCGAUCAACACUGUAAUUAACUAUAUGAAAAUCUAAUUUAUGACUAGAUAUUGAAUAAUUAAUUAGUCAUGUACUCUAUCACUCCAUUAUAGGACUUAUUAUCAUAAUUAAGAUUGUGUACAUGGGAAUGCAGUAAAGGGGUGUCUCUAAUUUGCAAUCUUCUAAUUAAUCGUAAGCUAAAAUUAUUCAUCACAUCUGUGCAUUGAGCUUAAAUUUCAUAAAAAUUUAUCUACUUGAGAUUGUAUUAUAUAGUGGUGACUACUGUCUGCAAGUAUAUUUACAUGUAUAUUUUAUGAAUUUGUUUUUCCAUAGUCUUGAGAAUGGGUUAAAUUUAUGAAGCGUCACACUAAUUAAUUACAUGAUGGGUUAGAUACACCGACUUGUCCCCAUAUGCCUGAAAUAUAUUUAUAUGACCAAUAAGAUAUUGUGUUCUAUUCUUCUAUUGAUAUCCCUUAUCUAUGAUUUGUUAUUCAGGAGAAAAUAUUUCCAAAUAUCUGUCAAAUUAUCUAUGCCAGCUCACAUAAUCUCCACCUCUUUUAUUUUUUCAAGGUCUGCCAACUCGAUUGUAUGGGUGAACUAAAAUCAAAUCAAAAACCUGCUUCAAGACAGAUUGUUGUGAUAAAUAUUUCUCCCAAGCAUGUGUUACAUGCAAUCGCAGCCCCAUUGUCCAUACUAAUACAUACAUAAAAUUUUUUAAGCUUUACAUACAUGGUUCUUAAUUUUAUGCUUAGAUGAUUAAUUGAAACUGGCAUUUUACAUUCAUUUUCACUAUGCAAACAGUUGAUGCAGGUUCUAGAAAGUUAACAGAAAAUGGAAGACAUUCUGUAUUUUUUUAUAAUGCAGAAUUAUUCCUAGAAAACUCUCUUGCAUAUAUAUGGUUUGCUGACUCUUUGGUUUGACUUAAUUAUUUUAUGGAAAUAUGUAUGACGGUGGUUCCAUUCCAUGUACCUAAAGUAAUCGUGCAAGUAGACAUACAAUUUGUCAUUCUAAUCAUAAAAUUUAUUCUUUUAUUUAUUUAUUUUUUGCAAGAUAAAUUAAGAUAUCUUUAAUUAAUUGAAUUCCCUUUUGCAAGAAGGGAAGAUUUUGCUAAGCUUAUAAUUAAGGUUAUUUAAAAAUUCAUAACAUGUAAAUUCUUUCUCUUUUGAUUCCAAAUGAUUCUAUCUUCUGCUUUAAUAAUGAUUUCCUGAAUGGUUGGUAUGCAUGUCAUUUAUAGCGUCAAAUGGUCAAGUCUCACAGUAUUGUAGAAAUAUAGAUAUGCAGGAUUACUGCAAAGGAUAUCCCUCAAUUACAUGGUCUUGAAGUAUAUUUUCCCAAAGCCUCGUUUAGUUGAGUUCAGCUUCUGGUGAUAUUUACAAAAUUGAUGCCUUAAUUCUUGUGAAUACCUCGUUUUCAGGAAAGCUGUUUAUUACCAAAAAAUGCGUUUGGUUCGUCGACGAGGGAGUGAGUGUAUAUAUGUGUGUAUAUAUAUAUAUAUAUAUAUAUAUAUAUAUAUGGGACGGUACUAAAAAUUGGUCAUAGAAAACAAGCGAAAUCAUAAUUGAUUUGUAAUGGUGAAUGCUGGAAUCAUAUUGUCUGCCUAUGUCUAGGAAAAAGUAUGUUUCUUUUUGUUUUAUUUGAGCUACCUGAUAGUUGUUCUGGCUUUUCAUUCAGAAUUAUGGUUGAGAAAUGAGAAUGGUGAUUGAGUUUAAUAUGAUUCGAAGGAUGGCAAACAUUUUGCACCCAAAAAAAAAAAAAAAGAAAAAGAUGUGAAACAUAUGUUAAAAUUAAUGGGACAAGCAUGAUCAGAUGCGCAAGUUGUUGAGUUGGCGGCCGUUGGCAAAACUGUUUAGACAUUUUACCAAUUACCAAAUCAUGUAUUAUUGGACAAUAGGUGAUAUGUUUUGAUGAUGCUAAUUCGGCUAAACGAUCGAACAGAACAUACUGCAUUCUUUUGGAACAUAGCUAGUUUUGAUCGGUCAGCACAUAUGCUUUCAUUCUUCAUUUUUUCUUGUUUAAUUGUUUUUGGCUGAUGACUGACAUUUAAGCCACCGAAGAAUGACGACCGAGUUUAAGGCCAGAGUGCAGAAAAUAUUAGAGCUUUCAAUGAAGGAAAAAGGUAAUUGACUAUUUGGCCAUUGAAGAUUUGGAGUCAAUUAAAAUUUAAGCCUGUCAACUUCAGAAAGGAACAAAGGGCUUUGUUGCGACUAAACUUAUAAUUGCAAAUAGUGAUAUUUUAAAUUUUAAUAAUUUAUAUUUAGUAAAAAGGAGUAUUUUGUCUACGUCACUCUUCCUAGAAAUCUUUGACUUUAUAUUCCCUGGAUAGUGCUGGGUAGCUGGUCAUAAUAAUGCUGCACCAUUAUAAUUUUUUUGACGACAGAUUUUCUUCAUUCCAUAAUGGAAGAAAGAAAAUGGUGGCUUUAACUCCUUAUACAUUAGUCCUUGUAACUUUGAUCCUUCUAUAUCUUUAAAUUCUACUUGAUCUUAACUUCAUUUUUGUACAUAUGUAUUGAGGAAGUCAAGAUAAUAAAGGAUCUCUAUUCAUCUUUAAAAGAAAUUAAAAAAAAAAAGAAGAUAAUAUGCAAUUAAAUUAAGAUUUAAUUUGUUCUACCUAAAUCUUACUAGUUAUUGAUACUUGUAUUCAAUAUUCUCCCCAUCUUUCAAUUAUUUUUACUAUAUUUUAUUAAAUGUUUUAAGUAAAUCAUACUAGGAACCCCUUUCAUCAUAUUUAUCUAGUUACGAGGGAUUAGUGUGGUUUGUAAAUAGAGGAGUUUUCUUUUUUAUUUCAAUCAGAAUUUGAUUUUUAUAGAAAGUAUUUUGAGAGAAUAAGCAUGAAUGCACCAGAUCGAUAUGGGAGGAUGCAUCAUUAACAUCAUUGAAAAGAAGAUUAAGUUCAAGCACAAUCUGAAGAUACCCUUGACCAUAUUAUAAAAAAAAAAAAUUAUCUUAUAACACCUUUUCCAUUUUAGAUAAAAUCCAUUAUAUAAAACACCCAAAUCGGUGACCAAAUUAAAUAGUGCUGUGGCAACCAUAUUUUUAUCUCCAAAAAAAGAAGAUUAAGCAACUCACUAAUUCAGCAAUUCUUUACAAGAAGUCUCUAAUUUAGAACUUUAAUAUUUAAGGGAUUAUCUUGGAGGAUAGAGGUAAAGGCAGAAAAUGGAUAAAAGGAGGUUAAAACAGUAAUUUUAAUGGAGAAGAGGCCAAAAUAGAAAUUUGAUGGAACCAGUCCCUAUAAAAUAAGGGAGUUGAAA